AUGGCACAAGUACACGCACAACCGGAGGCGGUGAAUGGGGGGACAUCAAAUGGAAUGCCAGAGGACUCUGGAGGCUUCAAACUCAAGUUCUGCACCGUCUGUGCGAGUAACAACAACAGGUCCAUGGAAUCACAUCUCCGACUUGCCGCCGCCAAUUACCCAGUCAUAUCCUUCGGCACCGGUUCUCUCGUCCGUCUUCCUGGACCCUCCAUCACUCAACCAAAUGUCUACCAAUUCAACAAAACCUCAUACGAUAGCAUGUACAGAGAGCUCGAGGCCAAAGAUCCGCGCUUAUACCGUGCAAAUGGUAUUCUGAACAUGUUGGGACGGAAUAGAGACGUCAAAUGGGGCCCGGAGAGAUGGCAAGACUGGCAGCCUGGCGUGCCUAGGCUGGAGCACAACACAGAUCGGGGCAGUGAAGGAGUAGAGGGAGGAGUGGUAGAUGUUGUCAUUACCUGCGAAGAAAGAUGCUGGGACGCGGUCGUCGAUGAUCUCCUCAAUCGAGGAUCUCCUUUGAACCGACCUGUCCACGUCAUUAACGUAGAUAUCAAGGAUAACCACGAAGAAGCCUUGAUCGGCGGAAGAGGUAUCCUGGACUUGGCAGAUUCUCUCAAUAAGGCUGCAGCAGAAGCUAGAGACAUGAAUCCGAGUGGUUUUGAUAGUGGGAACGCUGCUAGUAGAACCAGCUUUGAUGAACGCGUUCCUGAAAUCAUUGGAGAGUGGCAGGAGAGAUGGCCAAAUCUACCAGCGGUAUGGACGUUGGCAUGGUUUUGA